AUCCCGAUAAUAUCAAAAAACCAAACAAAGUCUGCAAACACGAAACACCCCCCAAAACAAAGAAAGAGAAAAUCCAGUGUGUUUCUGUGAGGAAAAGAGCUUACCAAUUUGCUGUUCUUUCCCGUCAAACGUGAAUUCCAUAUGGGCAAAAUCUAACUGGGUUUGAAGCAAUCUUCAAUCAAGUGUCAAUUUUUUUUUUCUGGGUAUGUUAAAUUCAUCAAAAUUUGUUGGUUUUUUCUGAAUCAACCACGACAAAAUAUGUGGGGUUUUGGAGGAAGGUACUAUUGGGGGAGGAGAGAGAGAGUGAGGAAAAGCGACGGAAUUGUAGUUGUAUUCGGUUGGAUGUCUAGUGAAGAGAGGCAUUUGAAGCAUUACAUCGAUCUUUACGCUUCUUUGGGUUGGAAUUCUCUUGUUUGUCACUCUCAAUUCCUCAAUUCAUUCUUCCCUGAUAAGGCGACAUUUUUGGCUCUGAACAUUCUGGAUGAGCUUAUAGAGGAGCUGAAGGCAAAUCCGUGCCCUGUUGUGUUUGCAUCCUUUUCCGGCGGUCCAAAGGCUUGCAUGUAUAAAGUUCUACAGAUAAUUGAAGGGAAAUGUAAGACACCUGACAAUCAGAUUAACUAUCAAGCUCUCAGAGACUACAUCGCCGGCCACAUUUAUGACUCCAGUCCUGUGGACUUUACCAGUGACUUGGGCACUCGUUUUGUUCUUCAUCCAUCAGUCCUAAAAGUAUCAAACCCACCAAGAUUUGUAUCGUGGUUAGCAAAUGGUAUUGCCUCUGGUUUAGAUGGCCUUUUCCUUAGUAGGUUUGAAUCACAACGGGCUGAGUACUGGCAGACUCUAUACUCUUCAGUUACAAUGGGAGCACCGUAUCUCAUAAUGUGCUCAGAAGAUGAUAAUCUUGCUCCCUGUGAAACAAUUUGCAAUUUUGCACGCCGGUUGCAGGAACUUGGUGGUGAUGUCAAACUAGUGAAAUGGACCAGCUCUCCCCAUGUAGGUCACUAUCGACAGCAUCCAGUUGAUUAUAAGGGUGCUGUGACUGAGCUACUGGGAAAGGCAUCAGCCAUUCAAUCACAAAGGACACGGAGGCUUGAAGGAGGGGCAAUGGGCUUUGAAGGUUCUCGUGAUGAUAUCUCCGAACCAAUUGGGGACCUAAGGAAAGCCACAGCCAGGUCAAAUGACAUCUUUAAGAAAUUAUCAGUUGAGCUGGCAGAACAUGCGGUUGUGCCCAAAAGCUCCUUUGAGUAUGAUGGUGGUAGAGCUGUCGGGUCAGUCCAAGAUGAAAAGCCUGGCCUUGUCCAGUUACCCAGCCCACCAAGGAUCAAUGCUAAUGGGGUUCUUGGCCAAAUCCUCUUUGAUGUAUGUGUUCCAAAAAACAUAGAAGAAUGGGAUGUAGGACCACUAAGCUCUUUGCGUCAGUCACCAUUUCCUUCAACAAGGAGGCACUCCAUGCAUUUUAAUCCCAUUAAAUGCAUACGACGUCCCAGGUUAUAAUUUGCAAGUCUGAAGUCUGAGUUUUAUAUUAUGGAAGAGUGAGAUGAAGUUCCUUCUAACUCAAGAGUCAAGACCAAUGCUCGAGUGCAUUUCACUGCAAAUGAAUGUGGUGAAACAAGUGAGAAACCGAAUACAAAGGGAAAAUAUUAAAUAAGCUUCUCUCUCUGAUUGCUGCGAUAUAUAGGCUGGCACACCUUUAGUUUUAUGUUUAUGUUACCCUAUAAGAAUGUACAGUGGUUUGUCAUGGACCGUCGGUAAAGCUUAUGUAAAAUAAAGUAUGUCAAUUAACCUUAUUACAGUUUUCUAAAGACUAAUACAAGUAGUAGUGAGGAUGACGACGCUUCAUUGUUGA